AUGAUAGCUCAAAAUCACACAAGCCAUCAACAAACCAAUCUACAAAAUAAAAAAGAUUCCAACUUUAAUCCAAACAAGCCGAUCGAUAUUCAGAAGCCCCAUCCAAAACUACCCAAACCCAAAAUAAAUAAAGCUCUGACCCAUCAAGAUUUUCCUUUUUUUCUAGUUUACCUUGGACCAGCUUAUCAGAAACUGAAGUGUCAACUGGAGGUGGACAAAUUCCUGGAUUUCAGUGCAGAUUACGAAACGAGAUUACUACACAGAGAUAGAGAGAGUGAGAAACCGCAAUGGGUGGCUCUGUUCAGAAUCGGAAAAAGGGAUAGGGAUGGGCUUUGUACCAAGUUUUCGCAUCAAUAUUCUCUUGAUAUUCUCUUUAUCUUCCUAAUCGCGAAAGGGAAUAUGGAUCGGGGAGAAAUUUAA